CUCCCACUGAUAGAGAGACCGAUUUUCGGGCACAUGUGUGUACCCUAUUACGCACAGUCGAACGACUCGCGUUGCACGAGGAUACUCGUUCGUGUGUACUUGUAAUUAGAUGAAGAGUAAUUUUAACAUCGUGAUUCGUUAAACAUCGCUCUUCAAGCGAGCAGUGGGACAUUUUUACUUUAAGCGAAUAAAUAAAAGUUCCGGUCGCUAUCUAUGAAUCAGUGGUUUCACACGCGUACGUGCGAUGCAUACGCGGACACUUGCUCCAGAUUAAACGUGAUACAUUUCACGUGAUGAAGAAAUAGACCACAUUUCCUUUUCAUAAUUUUUCGGAGGAAACUUCGACACGUACAUAAAGACAUUAAAGGAUCGCGAUCUAUUCCAGUUUGCAUUUCAAAGAAGUGGAGAACGCAUCACGAAAAUGCCGUCCAUAAUGAGAAUGGAAAUUAAAAUGACAAGAGUUAAUUAGAGAUGUAAACCACGAGGGAUAAACGAAGACUUAACGUACGAGCUAGACGUAUUAGAACACGUAUGGGCGAAUUGUGCUCCAUGUCCAUUAAAAGAUCGUUCGCAGUGAUCUCUAUCUCGAUGGAUUGAAGAAAUAAUCGCAUUAUCAAUAAGAUGCUUAGUUGUUGGUACUUAAAAACGAUAUCUAAUGGAAACCGUCAUCGAGAGAGAAGAAGUGCCGUGAUAGUACGAUUCGCAUUGAUACUCUGCAACGACCGGAGAUAUUCUUCCCGAUGAGACUGAAAAAGGAUUCGCACAUUCGUUGUUACGCGGCGGAUCUUCGUAGCUGUUCUUGACACAGUUUUCUCACGGUGUACUAUCGGCACGAAGAAUGUCGAAGAAGCAAUGGCUGGUCCUGCUGAUGCUGUUUCUGACAUACUUAUUGCUAGGUGCAUCGAUCUUUUACCAUAUCGAGAGCCGGUUGGAAAUUAAGCGCGUUGAAGAAGCCAGGCGAGAACGCAUUGAGAUCAACGCUAUGCUCCAUGAACACUACGUACCUAACGGAAAUCAGGGCUUCGAGAAAAUCCUUAAAACAUUGAGCGACUACUGUGGAAAAUCGGUUCGCAAUUAUACCGACGACGAACAAGAUCCUUUAAAGUGGGACUUUUAUAACAGUUUCUAUUUCGCUUACACCGUAGUCAGUACGAUAGGAUACGGAAACUUGGCCCCGACGACUAUGCUAAGUCGGAUCCUGAUGAUAUUCUACGGUUUGAUAGGAAUACCUAUGAAUGGAAUAUUGCUUUCGCAGUUAGGAGAAUUUUUCGGGAACGUGUUCGUUCAGGCCCAUCAGAAAUACAAAUCUUACAAACGCAACCGUAACGAUUAUGACCCGAGGAAAUUCGUGACGUUCGAAAAGGGAAAAUUCGGAUUAGUCGCGCAGAUACUCAUACAUUUAUUACCGGGAUUCGUUAUGUUCAUUUUCUUCCCCGCGUUUCUGUUCUCUUAUUACGAAGGGUGGAAUUACGACGAGGCAGUUUACUAUGCCUUCGUCACAUUGACCACUAUUGGUUUUGGAGAUUACGUGGCAGGGGAUAAUUAUAGUAGAGUUGAAAUAAACGGACUCUUCUUUACGUACGUCUACAAGAUCUUCUUAAUCGGUUGGAUCUCGUUUGGUCUCGGAUACACCGUCAUGAUCUUGACUUUUAUCGGUCGCGGUAUGCGCAGUAAGAAGAUUGCGAGGAUCGAGCAUAAACUAGCGGUCAAUCUGAAGCAUACGCAGAGUAAAAUCUGGAAUGAAUUUAACAAGGAGAUCGAUUAUCUCCGUCGCGUGUUUAACGAACUACAGCUCUCGAAAGUCAGGAGAGUGUACGUCGAUGAAUGUAAUUCCGAGGUUCCUGUUUCGAAAAUUCCUCGGAGCAGCAGUAUGCCAGAUCUCCGAAGUUUAUUUUACGGUUUAAAGGAAAAAGAUACUCCUUGUUACAAACCUCGCCGCCGAGCCAACAGCGAAGUUGUACCAAUGGAGAGCGAAGUGAAGCACGUCGUUUCCGAGACGGAUCUACAAAGGAUCGACAAGACUGCUACGUUCGCUUCUCACGCGAUUGUCCAGCCAGCAGAAUUAUUAGCGAGAUUAGUAAAUAUUUUAGGCUACAUACCGCCAGCUACGGAUGACAUUAAUGAAGUCGGAUCGGAUCAAACGACUUAUGUUGUAAAUGAAAAGGAACACGGAAAGACGUCUAACUCGGGUCAAGGAAUGUGGGCGAUUGGUCACGAUAAAAUCCCACGUUUCGGGAAACCUCGUUCAAGAGCGGCUAGCGAAAUCAGAUUGCAAGAUACAAGACGCGAGGAUCCUAACAUUGAACGUACUUGGUCCGGGCCGACUGCGGCCAGAAAAAUGCAUGAACUGAUGAAAGCCCGAGCGAACGAGGAAUCCGGGAAGGAUCGCAGUAUCAAGGAGUCUAAAUUCGCGAAACUUCGCAGUUUCGCUUUGUCGAAAACGGUGCCAAAGGCAUUGUCUUCUAGUUGGAGAAAUCGUUUCUCCCAAAGUUCGGACAAGAAAAAUUCGGAAUGCGAUAAUGAGACUAAAGAUCCGGGUCAAUCGUAUUCGAUCGACGAUAAUCGGGAUUCUUAUUCGGCUACUUUGAAUCCACGACCACAUUAUUUUACGCACACGGGUGCUGGUAAUAAUUUUAACGCAGAAAGUGGGAAUAAUUUGUUGGAAGAGACCAGUUUGGCCGACUUCCUACGAGCCCUCACUGUUCUUCACGCAAGCGUUGCUACGAGUGGUAGUUGGACUCCUGCUACAAACGACGAUCCAAAUAAUCUUAAAAAUCAUCCUCGGAGAAAAAUGGGUACAGCUUCUUUGACGCCGCCCAAACUUCCCAGUUUGUUCACGCUUUUUUCACCAUCCCCGCCCGUGUCGAAUAGUCAAAGUAACGAGAACACGAUCACUGAAGAAUCUAUCGAAAAUAAACCACGAUGGUCUCAAAUUCGUCGUCAAGACCCUCCCACGGUCGCGAAAACGAGAAGAUUCUCUUUGAGGCCUGUUGCAACACCUAUCAGCCCUCCGACCCCCCCAAGAGUUAGCUCGCCAUUUUUAUCGAACUCACGGAGAGUCGACGUUCCCGCGUCUUCCGAUCCGAAGUCCCAAUUCCUGAUCGAAUCGCCGAAGGUACCACUUAUCCAAACUGAAGGAGCACCUGGCCUCUCGUCGCCUGUAAAAUCCUCGGUAGAUGCCCGGCGACUUUCGUUACGAUCUACACAAAACGUUUCACCGAUAACAGGGACCACUGUUCCAACCGGCAUUCCUACACUGAAAGGUGCACCGCGCUGGAAAGCCGGCAUGCUCCAACGGCAAAUCAGUCAAAUGAAUCUUCGACGCCGGGUCCGCGCUUUUAGUUUGAGCGACGUUCACGCAGAUGAUUCACAAGACGGCACCGAAUCUUCGAGUGUUUACAGGAUAAACAACCGCGAUAUAUUCCGUAGGAACGUUUCCUCGCGCGACGACGAACGUUCUGGUCAAUUGCCGAGUGUUAAUCGCCCCGAUUCAAUUUCACAACCGACAUGUUCCGCAAAUUCGACGAGACUACCGGAAACUAACGUUUCGAUCGGGGAUAUCGAUAGUUCGAAUUCUCGAUCCGGAAGUGGUCAAGUGCAAUUAGUACUGUCUAACGAUUAUCGAGCAGACGCGGAAAAACAAAUGGCCUUGAAUCCUCUUAUGAACCCUGAAUACGUGCGUGCAAGUACUGAUAUGGAAUUACAGCAACCGUUAAUGGAAAUAAAAGUAGAGAAUCCUGAUCCAAAUAAACGUUCGUAGCCACAAGUGUUCGAUCGAGCUUAUGAAGCUUGGAUCGAAAGAUUUUUGUACAUACAACUAUGCUGCCGUCCAUUUUAAACUUUUACGAUUUUCAUAAACAAUUUCAACGCGAAACAGAUUAUCAGAUUGUUCUUACUAGUGAUCCACCUGACGGAUCACUAGCUUUUACGAAAUGUGAAGAAAAACGAGGGAAUUGUCAGUAUGAUUCCUGAAAAUGUUUUAUUUGAUUGAUACAAUAAAUUAUAUUUUAUUUAAUUUAUAAAAAAGGAA